CUUUAGAUGUAGGAGUAAGCACAAUCUUAAAGGAGCGAUACUUCUAGCGAUCAAUCCGUCAGUCGUCGAAAUCGCCACGGUCGUGGUACCCACGGGGCGUACGUGAAGAUUCCAGAAAUGGGAAGAUUACAUACCACCCAUUUUUCACCGCAAAAUUUGAGACACCACUACAGAUUCGCUUUUUGACACGAUCAUGCCACCUGGACGUCCCACCAGCUGCCAGUUAAGCCUGAAGUCCUUAUAAAUUCACCACCAUUGUUCAGCACAGCUUCAAACAUAGCAAGCUAGAACAGCAAGCGCUCCCCAAUAAGCUCUAGAUUCUUCCAGGCUCAUCCCAAUUCAUUCUUGAGCAAUUAUCUGAUUUCUGUAGAAUUCAUAAUGGCUAGCACUGUUGCAGCGAGAGGCAUCCCUCUGCCUACGGCACUGUCUUCGCUCACCCCUUCUUCUGAUUCCAGGCUCCGAGGAAGUCACAAUGCCUCGAGCCGGCUCUCACGCUGCAUUGUAGUCCGAGCAUCACAGCAGCAGCAGAAUGCUGGCGACUUGCUGGAAAAGACCAAGAAGAAGAUCACCCGAGAAAGUGUGGAGAAGCAUCAGGAAGGGACCAAGUCGGAGCGCCCAGAAAACAUCCCACUCUCGAUUCCCCAAUCCCAGGCUCAGAGUCCCGACUGGAGCUACCCGCGACCCGAGGUAGAGCGCAGGCCCGAAACUGGUGCCAGAGACUUCGGAAGCUUGAUGGCAUUUGAUGGCCCUGGACCGGAGACGAUCAAUGGCCGACUGGCAAUGCUAGGUCUCGUCUGGGCAUUCGUCGCUGAGAAGUUGACGGGGGAGACAGUCGCACAGCUGCUGUACGCACCCGGGAACAACGGAUUGUUCUACUACUUUGCAAUGGUGCAGCUCUUCAUGUACGCGUCAUUGGUGACCAUGUUCAACGGCGAGAGUCCGGACAGCAGAGCGAUUGGACCUUUCACAGCCAAAGCCGAGCGGUGGAAUGGCCGGCUCGCCAUGAUGGGCUUCCUAAGCCUGGUUGUCACCGAGGCCUUUAUCAACACCCCGGUCUUCAACCUCCACAUGUAAAUUUACUGUGUACAUAGUAGUACCUUGUUUGAAGAGACCAAAUUGAUUAUCUUUUU